AAAAACAACAAUAACAUAAACCAGCCAGCAAUCCAACCAACCAAACAGCCCAACAUAAAAUAAACAAAACAUCAACAUAUACACACGCACGCAGCCAAACAUAAAUCUAGCAACAGACAGACAGACAAGUAGUCAAUCUGUCAGUCAUAUAGACAGACAAGGCGGAUAAAAAAGCAACUAAAACAAUAACAAUAUUAAUAAAUUCACUCACUCACCCAUUCUACAACUCUACACACAUUUACUACACCAUGCACAACAAUAGCAGUAAUAAUUUCUCUUCGGGCCGCCAGGGCAAAGAGAAACGUUUUUCCAUACAUGAUGCUUUCGAAGAGGAGACCGAUGAAGCUAUACGUGUCUAUGGCUCCACAGUGAUAUCAACACCGAUGCGUUCAAAACAACGUUCCACAGAUGAUGUAUCCAUCCGUAUACAAGAUCCAAAAGGUUACAACAAAUAUGCCGAAGAUACCACAUCACGUGAUAGUGAUUCUUUAAUACAAGAAUAUGGCAAUAUAUCCACAGAUGAAGUGAGCACAUAUUGUUGGCGACAUCCCAAAGUACGAGAAAAUUGGCGUACCGUAUUAGCAGCCGUUACCUUGUUAAUUGUCGGUACCGGACUAUUUGUUAUGGGCACCUUUGCGGUGGCCGAUCCAGCGAACACCUCACAGGGUGUAGUGUUUUUUGUGGCCGGUCUUAUAUGUUUCAUACCCGGAGCUUAUCAUGUUGUCUAUAUAUGGCUGGCUGCCAAAGGCUAUCGAGGGUUUGAUUUCUAUCAUUUGCCACUGUUUACAUAAAAAACCUUUAGGUUUAAAUAUUAUUUUAAAUUCAAAAAGGAACAAACAAACCAACAAGAUAAUCUCUCACUUUUUUUUAAUUACAUAUUAAUACAUAGUACGAUUUAAAUCGAAUUUUAUGGUGGUAUUUUUUUUACAAAACAAAACAACUUACACGAUUAAGUAGAAGAAACAAGAAGAAAACAAAUCGUAUUGAUUUAAAUAAUAAAUUUUUGUUUUAAAUUUAUUUCGUUUUUAUUUCCAAAUACAUAAUUAUUUUAUUAAAAUUCUCUACACCCCCACCUUUUUUUUAAGAAUGCAAAAUUAUUGAAAAACGUUUUUACAAGAAAAUAACACAGAUAAGAACAAAAACAAUUAAAAGAAAGUGUACUAUAAAUAUUAAUUUAAUUUGUAAAGUGUUUAAAAUAUAAAAAAAAGAAAACAAAUGUACUAAUUUUUAUUUUUGUAAUUGAUACGAAAGACUAUAUAAAUAAUUUCUUUUCUUUGUAAUAUAAGGCAUAAAUAGUUUUUAUAUAUACAUAUUAAAUACAAUAAAUUACACAUAUUUAAAUUUAGUUUACUAAAAUUAAAACAAACAAAAA